UUAUCAUCAUUCGCCAGAAGCCCGGUGUCCGAGAAGCAUCAACGCGAACACCUAACACCGUGUCUGAACGACUUCCGUCGCUUCAGUUAGUGUAUCCCUGUGCGUUCUAAAAGAAGUGAAAGCAACUUUGUUUGGUGGAAGAAGGUGGGAAAUUACUGUGAUUGGAAAAGCUCUAUGAAUGAGCAAUUGUGAUAAAAGUAUAAACCAAAAAAUAUAAACAAGCGAUUGGAGAGCUGGCCGUUGAUCAAGUGCGGUUUUGUCACGUGCUUCUUCAAAUUGCGCGGAAAACAAUUUCCAACCGCAACCGAAGGCAGAAAAAGGAAAUUGGACAUACAAUUUGUGUUUUAUUGAAGGAAGUGUGUUCGCAGUGGUAAUCUGUGGUUUGCGGCUUCUCUCGACUCCAGCAUUUUUAACCACGAAAGAAGCAGUGAGCAAGCUUCGAAAAACAAUGCCAGAAACAAAGUUUUCCAUUGAGAUCAAACCCGACCGGAGGGUUGUGCAUCAGUACUUGGCCGCUGUUUGUGUAAACAUAAUCUCCCUUGCCCAAGGUACGGCAAUCGGAUGGUUGUCGCCGUUUUUACCGCUGCUCAUCUCAACCGAUUCCCCGCUCAGCUCCGGGCCGGUAACAGAUAUUCAAGCUACCUGGAUUGCGUCACUGCUGUGUGUAGGAGCCAUUUUCGGAACAGUGAUUUUUGGCUGGUCUGCCGAUAAGUUCGGCCGAAAGUUUUCCCUCUGCAUAGCCGCCCUACCCCUGGUUGGCUUCUGGGCAUGUAUCGCUUUUGGAGGCCACGUGGAGAUUCUCUAUGCAGGACGGGUCUUGGCGGGCUUAGGUGCUGCGGGAGUUUUCUUGCUAGUGCCGCUGUACGUUACUGAAAUAGCGGAGGAUAGAAUACGUGGAACACUUGGGACGUUCUUCAUCCUGUUCAUCAACAUGGGAACGUUGGUUUCGUUCGUCGUGGGAACAUAUCUGUCGUACCAUAUCACCUCGUACAUCUUGAUAUUCCUCCCAAUUUUGUUCCUACUUUGUUUUAUGCAAUUUCCUGAAACGCCUCAGCAUUUGAUUCGUUGCAACAAAAUUGAAGCUGCCGAAAACUCACUGAAGUACUUGCGUGGGUACACAUCAUCAACGGAACAUGCCGGAAUGCUUAAGGAAGAGAUGGACAAGUUGAUGAGUCAGAUCGCAAUCCGGGGAAAGGAUUCUAACGACGAGUCGUCUAUCAAGUGGGCGGAUUUCGCUCCGUUUUCCACCAAAAAAGCAAUCAUCAUCGGAAUGGUUCUGGUCACCUUGAACCAGUUCUCUGGAUGUUUCGCUCUCAUCAACUAUACAGCGCAAAUCUUCGCAGACGCUGGUUCUGAACUGGAUCCCAACAUUGCUGCCAUUAUUGUUGGUGCCAUUCAGAUAGCUGGUUCUUACGUAUCUACGCUGGUCGUGGAUCGCUGCCGAAGAAAGGUACUGUACAUUAUCACUGCGUUCGGUUCAGCUUUUGGUUUAUCGGCCAUGGGAGUGCAUGCCUAUCUCAAAGGGGUUGGAUUCGAUGUCAGUAUGAUCAGCUGGGUACCCGUGGCUAGCUUGUCAUUUGUGAUAUUCAUCGCUUCCGUGGGAUUGCUUCCGCUGACUUUUGUAAUAUUGUCCGAGAUCCUACCGCACAAGCUCCGGAGUUUCGGCGGAUCACUAUGCACCACCUUCUUGUGGGUGGUCAGUUUCGUUGUGAUCAAAUAUUUUCCGGUGUUAGUAGAAGUUCUUGGAAUGCACGGUUGCAUGUGGACCUUCGCUGGAUGCUGUAUGUUUGGAGUUUUCUUCAAUGCGUUCUUCAUUCCGGAGACUCGAGGAAAGAGCAUUGACGAGAUUACGUUAGCAAUGGGAAACAGAAGCAAAAAUUGAUUAGCUUCAACUGAAGAAAUGCCGUUAGGUGUGCCAUUAACUUCGCGGGAAGGAUUUUAUAGGUGUUUUCACUUGAUAUUUUCCUGGAGACGGCUUUAAACUGAAUGGUUUAGUAUUAGAUGAAUAUUUAGUUCUGAAAGAACUACUGUGGAAGUGAAUUUAUCACUUGGCUAAAAAUAGUGUGUAAGACUCAUACGCAGAGGAAACCGUACAGCAAAUGGUGUUGAUGGACUAGUUCUGUAUCAAACAAGCAAUUGCAAUUCUGCUCGAUUAAGAAGAAAAUGUGUGAUUUGUCUCAUUAGUGUUAGUUAGAGUUUAACUUAUUAAUUUAUACCACGAAUAGUGACGAGGCCAAAUUACAUAGUUCCUGUUUUAUAAUAAAACAUUACUCAUUGGUAUGAACUUUUAGCAUUCGCAACCGAAUAAUAAAAUAUAAAGCAAUUUUUACCACAAUAA